AUGGACUCUGCUCGUUCCUCUAAGGGCUCUAAAAUGGAAUGGUCUAUCGAUGUUGAGUCUACUCCAGCUCCAACUGGACCGCCACAAGUGAAGUUUCUAACGUUAAAUACAUGGGGAUUGAAAUUUGUUUCUAAGCACCGGAAAGAACGUUUGAAAGCGAUUGGUGACAAGCUAGCACAUGAACAGCUCAAUUAUGAUAUUGUUGCCCUCCAGGAAGUCUGGUGUAAAGAGGAUUGGGAUUAUAUUGACCAAGUUUGUCAAGAGUUUUUCCCUUAUAGAAGGAUUUUUUACUCAGGUAUCAUUGCAGGUCCAGGUUUGGCAAUUUUAUCGAAAAUACCCAUUGAUUCAAGUUUCCUUUACAGAUUUCCUAUAAAUGGUAGACCUAGUGCUUUUUGGAGGGGUGAUUGGUAUGUUGGUAAAUCUGUUGCAGUUACAUUAUUAAGACCAUUAAAUGAUGAAUCAUUCCCAUUGGCAAUCUUGAAUUCACAUAUGCAUGCUCCAUAUUCUUUAGAGGGUGAUGCAGCUUAUUCUUGUCAUAGAUCUUGUCAAGCUUGGGAUUUUGCUAAAAUAUCUAAUAUGCUAUCAAAGGCUGGUUAUGCCGUUGUCAUUGUUGGUGAUUUGAAUUCAAGAGCAGGCUCAUUACCGCAUAAAUUUUUGACUUUGGAGACAACACUAGUUGAUAGUUGGGAACAACUAAAUGGGACUCAAGAUUUGAAUAAAAUUAAGCAUUUAUCUCCAAAACUACAGGUUGAAGUGGGUGGUUGUACUUGUGAUUCUAUUUUAAACACCUGGAGAGCUCAUCGUGACCCAACAGAAGCAUGUAGAUUAGAUUAUGCUUUAGUUGACUCCUCAAAAUUGAAAACAAUAAGUGCUAGUGUUCAAUUCACAGAACAAAUACCCAAUAUCGGUUCAUAUUCAGAUCAUUUUGCAUAUUCCUGUACUUUACAAUUCCUUUCAAGAAAUUCAUAUAAGGAAGUAAUUAGAUCAAAUAGUUUAACUGUUAAUAGUGUUGAAUAUUACAACGAAAUGCUUGAGCUUUUGGAUGAUUAUAAGAAAACAGCUUUAUGGCAAAAGAAAUGGAGAGGAUGGCAUUUUGUUUUGUCAAUUCUGGCAAUUAUUGCAAUCCACGUUGUUGUCACAUUCACUGCAAACAUUGCAGGUUGGUCUUCAAUUUUUUGGGUAUUUGGUGCUGUCGUUAUAGGUAUCACAGGUGUUGUCGAUGGGCUAAUUUCAUAUCUAUUUGGAAGAUCUGAACUUCGUGCUUUGGAGGAAGUUAAACAAGAAGUUUUGGACAGUAAAAGAAGUCUACAAACAGUUGUAUAUAACUGA